CUCCCGCGAGGGACGCGGAGCGUUGGGAACCGAGGACCGUCCGAGCGCUGACCCUGGGAGGCCCAGACCAGGGGCAAAAGUCUCACGGGCCUCGGGAGCGUCAUUCAGCAGUUCCGGGAGGCCCAGGAAGCCCACGGCCUGGCUUGGGCACCGUCCCCGCCGCCAGGCCACCAUGGUCCUCGGCUGGGGGCUGUUGCUUCUGGUAAUGGCUCUGCCCCCGGGCACCAUGGGUGCCAAGGACUGCGUGUUCUGUGAGCUGACCGACUCCAAGCAGUGCCCGGGCAUCCACAUGAGCUGUGGCAAUGAUGAGGAUUGCUUCACGGGCCAUGGGGUGGCCCCGGGCCUCAGCCCUGUCCUCAACAAAGGCUGCGUGGUGUCCACAUCCUGCGGCCACGAGGAGCCGGUCACCUACAUGGGCGUCACCUACACGCUCACCUCCAUCUGCUGCUACGGCCACAUGUGUAACGGGGCCCCCAAUCCCGUGGGCGGCCGGACGGAAGGGGUCGUCGCCGGCCUGGCGCUGGGCGUGCUGCAGCUGGUCCCAUAUCUGCUGUGACCAACCGAAGGGCAGGGCCCGGGACUGGUGUCCCGGCUCCGCUGCGCCCCGAGCCCCCCGCCUCCACCCCCUCCCCCCCAUUAAAUGGCCAGAGGCCCUGGACAACCUCGUGUGGCCCCAGCUUCCUCCAUUCCAGGGCUGCCCCCCGCCCCGGAGCCCAGGGCUUGGCAAAGCAUCCUUAGGCCUGACUCAGUGGUGGGGAGCCAAGCUCGGUAGGUUUGGCUGGACCCCUCUACUGUAUUUCAUGGGUUCUAAGAGGCAUAUCUUUUCACAUGUCUAUCAGGAUGCUUCUUUUCAUCGGUGGCACCUUAGAGUCGAUGAAAUAUGGUUAAAAUGAACAAUGACGACAAUACACGACAGCUAACGUUUA